GGGGAGGGGGGUAGGGAGAGAGAGAGAGGCUGAAGUAACCGGCGCCCGUUUUCUCGCGAGCCCUUUCCGUUUAAGCUGCUCGGCUGUGUUUCCGUGGCUUUUGCAGGGGAGAGCAGCUGGAAUCAGCCGAGCUUGAAGAUAUGUCAGAAAACAGCAAGAAUCCAGAAUCUGUUGAUGAACUUCACCAGGCUCCAGAAGAACUCCAGUCUGACUCUGAGGAGUGUUCAAUGGCUGAAGAAUCUCCAAAAAAUUCAGCAGCAGAGAUUUCUGUGACAAGUAAUGGAGAACUUGAAGAUACACAUGAGCACAACUAUAACAGGGACUUGAAGCACUCAAUACCAGCUGGACUUGGUCUGUCUGAAACCCAAAUUACAUCGCAUGGCUUCGACAGUACCAAAGAGGGAAUCAUUGAAGCUGGACCAUUCCAAGGUCCCUCGUCAUUACCCAUGUCACCUGUUGUAUCUCCUAGCAGUGCAGCUGCUAGCAGACUGGCUGAACAAGGGAGUGAUUUAAUUAUGCCGAAAGGCAAUCUAAGAAUGCAGCAGAAAAGUGGACCAGUUGUGCUAGCAGAGGAGGCGAAGAACCCAGCCAUGGAAAAGCUGGAGCUUGUAAGAAGAUGGAGCCUAAACACUUACAAGUGUACUCGCCAGAUUAUCUCUGAGAAGCUGGGUCGAGGCUCACGAACAGUAGAUCUGGAAUUGGAAGCUCAAAUAGAAAUACUGAGGGAUAACAAAAAGAAGUACGAGAAUGUCCUGAAAUUGGCACAAACAUUGUCCACACAGCUUUUCCAGAUGGUGAAUACCCAAAGACAGCUGGGAGAUACAUUUGCAGACUUGAGCUUGAAAUCAUUAGAACUCCAUGAGGAAUUCGGAUACAAUGCAGAUACUCAGAAACUUCUUGCUAAAAACGGUGAAACUCUACUUGGGGCAAUUAACUUUUUUAUUGCUAGUGUGAACACUUUGGUGAACAAAACUAUUGAGGACACGUUAGUAACCGUGAAGCAAUAUGAAAGUGCCAGGAUUGAAUAUGAUGCUUAUCGCACAGACCUAGAGGAGCUGAAUCUUGGCCCACGAGAUGCAAACACAUUGCCAAAAAUUGAGCAGUCGCAACAACUAUUCCAAAUACAUAAGGAGAAAUAUGACAAAAUGCGCAAUGAUGUAUCAGUUAAAUUGAAGUUUUUGGAGGAAAACAAGGUGAAAGUAUUGCACAAUCAGCUUGUUCUGUUCCACAAUGCCAUUGCAGCAUACUUUGCGGGGAAUCAAAAACAGCUUGAACAGACUCUUAAACUAUUCCAUAUCAAAUUGAAAACGCCUGGAGUAGAUGCUCCAUCCUGGCUUGAAGAUCAGCAAUAGGACCACAGCAUGAAGAUCCCUUGAUCAACCAAGAAUAUUGUACACCUAAUGAGAAUCAAUGAAUUUGUAUAAGGAGGACUGUUUGUAAUGAUACUUGCACAAGCAGCUUUAAUUUUCCCCUAGAUAAUGAAUACUAUAAUAGUUGGGGAGGGUGGAUGGAUGUAACCAAAUGUAACUUGCCAUUUCAGAAACAGAUCUUUUUUGUAUUUGAGGGUAGAUGGUUUUCUGUAGUAGGGAAAUAUAGAUUUGCACUGACAAAGAUGUUCGUGAUCUCCGGUAAUUGUGGUGGCUAGAUGAGAAUUUUUUCAAAGGGAGAUGCUCAUGGUUUGUAUCAACAUCUGAUAUUUUAUAUAAAUGUAUUAAGCCUCUCUAAAGAUUCUUUUUUCAUGUAAAUGUGUUAAAAGAAUAAAUAUUUUACAGAGUAAUAAUAUAAGGAAGGCCUUCAAGCAACACCCACAAAAUAUCAGUGGCUGGCUGAUACGUGGAAUUGCAGCAAAUAGUUUUUUAAAAAAAUGUUGGAUCAUUCAAUUUUGUGGCUCAGAAACACUAAAUAUAGAAUUGCCCUCUUAGUCUGAAGCUUUGAAAACACAUUUUAGCAUUGUAAAGAUGACCUGCUGGAGAAGCAGACCUUAGCCCUACUUCUUUAAUAUUUAAAUGUCUAUUUAAAAAAAUACCUUUACUUGCCUUAAAUUCAGAAGUGCCUUUUGCAACACACUUUGUACCCAAUGUACAUAAUCUGUAAGAAACCCUCUUUGGAUUGAUGACUUUUUAAAGAGACAGUCUGAGGCCAGUCUGGGUUGUGUGUGCUUCUGUUGAACGGCAGACCAUCUCACAUGACUAAUAUGACUGAUUGUUUCUUUUCUCAAUCAAUAGUGUAACCUUUAUUAAACAUUUCUGUUCUCUUAUAGCCUUUUAAAAUUCACUGUUAUGGAGCAUCCUCAAUUGCACAUUAUCCACUGCUUUUUGUGUUUAUAUAAAUGAAGUACUUAAAAUAACUUAACACAGUUUAUAUGGAUUGUACAAUUAUGUAUUAUAUGUUGAAAUGAUUCAGUUGCUUCUUAAAACGGUUUAGUUUAAGUCUUAAUGUAAUGUGUGUAUCAAGUACAUUUUAAAUCAUUCCUUAUUACAUUCUUGUCUGUUCAAUGACUUUUUGCAGUUGAAUUUUUUCUCUUGCAAUAAUUUUACCAAGUUACCAUUCCUCAGAAUGUGCCUCCAUUGUUAACUUUGUUUUCAUACUAAAGGUAUUUGCUGCA